GUGAUAACCUCAAAUAAAAUUCUAUUAUUGUUGUAAAUUUUAAUAAAUAAAAAUAAUUCAUGUAUUAAAUUAAAUUUAUAACAUAUUGAAUAUGUCUGGAACAUUAUUCCGAUCGUUAUUUAACAGCUUAUCAUUAUACAAAUCUAUUGCUACGACAACACGUUCAAUUAACACUGGUAUAGUAUAUUAUGCAGCACGUAAAGGUACAAGGGCGAAGGCCCGUGCAAAGAAAGUUAAAGUUGAAAUAACAAAAGUUGGAUUUAUUCCUCACAACCAGAGAGGAAAGGACAAGGUAGCAAAAAAAUUGAUCAACAAGCAUCUAGACGAUUCAUUCAAACAUGCAGCGGUGGAUGAUGUGUAUCCCAUGCGUUAUUACCGGUGGCCAGUCUACACAGCUGAGGAGGCUGUUAGAGCGCACCAGGAAACCCACCAUCCCACUAUGUAUAAUGAUCCAGAAGCUUAUGUAUAUGCUAAGGUGGAAGUUAACAUGGAAGGAAUUAAAAAGACUCGCUUCCUAGACAACUUCUCGAAGCUUACUCUCUUUCCGCACAACUUCCCGCGCGAAGAAGAGCGCACGAUCUUAGCGUUUUGCAAGGGAGCGGAAUUGAUCAAACAGGUGACGGACGCUGGCGCCACCACUGUUGGCGGUACAGACCUUGUAAAGAAGAUUCAAGAAGGUACAAUAAAACUAGGCGACUAUGAUUAUGUGAUUGCUCACCCAAACAUAAUAACAGAGCUGGUGCCCAUCAGAGGUCUGAUGAAACGGCGCUUCCCAAGCAUUAAGGGUGGUACAUUAGACGCUAAUAUAGCUGAGCUGGUGAAGAAAUUCGCAGCUGGCAUACAGUACAGGGUCGUGAAGGAUGAGGUACAACAGAACUUUGGGUCUGUAGAAGUCCCGGUUGGAAGGUUGAAUAUGGAACCAAAAUGUGUCGCCGAGAACAUUGACAAGCUACUGAAAGACAUACAGUCUUCAAGACCUAAGAGAGAUGGACUUUUCAUCACUAGGUGUAUAAUUGUCAGCCCGCCAUCGACGGAAAACUUAAAGAUCGAUCCAUUUGUACACGUUGACCGCACUUUGUCGAAAGAAGUGCAAGAGGAUAGUGAUGAUGAAGAUGAAGUCGUGGCUGCAACUGCGUAAAUUAGAUUAGGAUGUAAAAAAGUAUUUAGUGUAAAAUAAAAACCAAAUAAUCUA